UACAGGACUCCUUCAACCCAACAAGGGACGUGGCCCUUAUGCAGUUUUCCUCAGGGACAACAGAUCUCCCCAAGGGUGUGAUGCUGACCCACUGCAAUGUGCUCACCAUCUACAUGCAGCACAAGUGCCUCGUGGAGAAUGAAAGGAAGGACGAAGUUGUCUCUGAGACACAAAUACUGAGCCGAGUGCUUCUGGUCAUCCCUCUGUGCCACAGUUACUGCAGCCUCAUAUUUACCCAGACUGUGCAUGUCGGCGGAUGUUCUGUGCUGAUGAGAAAGUUCUCCCCUGACUCCUUCCUGCACGCGAUACACAAGUACAAGAUCACAUUCGCGCCUGUCGUGCCGCACAUCAUCGACUUCCUGGUCCAUACUCCCCUGCUGAAGAAAUACGACAUCUCCUCCCUCAAGUCGGUAAUGAGUGCAUCGUCCCCGUUGGCCCCCUUGACCCUUCAGGCCUUCAAAACACGGGUGAACUGCAGGGUAAGGCAGGGCUAUGGGCUCACUGAGAAUUGUGCAAGCGUCACCCAGAACAACCCAGCUUUUGGCUUCAAGAUGGGAUCAGUGGGACGUGUGCUACCUUACCAGGAGGUGAAGAUCGUGACUCCAGGGAGUAGUAAGGGGCUGCCGCCUGGGGAGGAGGGGGAGGUGUGGGUGAGGAGUCCUGGGAUAAUGCUGGGAUACGCAUCCACUCCCGGAUCCGCCUGCUCUUCCCCAGUGCUGAAGGAAGGCGGAUGGCUGCCCACGGGAGACCUCGGUCACUGUGACCAUGAAGGCUUCCUCUUCAUCACAGACAGAAUCAAGGACAUCAUCAAAGUGAAGGGCUUCCAGGUAUCCUCAAAUGAGAUUGAGGAUGUGCUUCGAGGGGCAGAGGGGGUAGGGGAGGUGGCUGUGAUAGCGGUGCCGUCUUCCCGCCUGGGUGAGGCCCCUCGAGCCUAUGUGGUGCCCCUUCCUGGGAUGCCCGUCCCCUCCCUACAGGUCCUAAAGGAUUAUGUGGCAGCCCGCCUACCGGAGCACAAGCACCUGGCUGGGGGCGUGCAGGUGGUGGACGCCAUCCCCAAGAACGGCACUGGCAAGGUGCUCAAGAGGCGUCUUCGGGACGAGUACCUUGAGGCGGAGACGAGGCCUGCUGAUUCGCCCUUCUAGCUGUGAUGGGAUGGGGCGGGGAUCGUGUGAGAUUGGUCGUGGUGCUGCGGGGAGGUUGGCAAUGAGAAUGGUGUCGUACAUACGAAAAAAACACAAGUGUAACAAAACAGAUACAUAAGGAACAAGAAUGCAAAGAGGAAUACAGGUUCGAAAAGAAAGAAAAUAAAUAAAGGAAACCACUGUGAAAAAAGGCGAGAUAUUAUGCCAUAACAUGUAAGAAUACGGGUCCAUACAAUCCCGCUGUGAGGAUGUGUUGCCAUUCCCAGGGCUCCUACACCCAUACCACUUAAAAGUUACAGUUACCACCAUUGCAUAUAUGUUUUACAGACCAGCACAUCCAUCACAGCUAGGUACAUUACAAUUUUAUGUGCCAUUACAGUUUUAACAAAGUAAUUGUAAA